CUCUAGAAACUAGAUUCUCCGAUCUCGCGAGUCAUAAACUCUCGAAUCCAGCUCUGCCAAAUACAAAAGAGCCAUGCGACGGAAAUGCGAAGGUCAGCUAUCUGCCUCUUCCGGCAAUCCUUGAAAUGUGGCCGACUCAAUCUCAUUCAGAUUCACAACGGGACGUUCUACAAGGAACAUCCAUCGGCCGAUCGCCAUGACGCUUCUUCCAACCCACCUCUGUUCCCGAACCUGACCUUCGAGCUGCCUGCGACGGUCCACGACAAAGGCCAGCCUGUCGAAAGGAAAAGUGAGCAUUGGGCCGUCAUCAGCGCAUCAGACGGCGCAACGUUUCUCGAGAUCCUAAGAGGUUCGCACAUUUGUUUGCCGCCUAAUGCCAGGUCCUACCCUUACUUGGCCUCCGCCUACAUCGAUGACCGGAAGGACCACCGCCUUCGCGUCCCAUCUCGUGCAAUUCAGUAUGUGGGCUUCAACAGCGGCAAGGGACAGCUGGCUGGCGGAUCGGGAGGAGUAAGAGGCGCAUACCUCAGUGCUCGCUAUGAGAGCCGACGAGAGGAAACAGAUUGGACGGUCCUGCAAUAUCUCAAGGGCGACACCGAACUCAAUCCCGGACAAAAAGCCCCGGAUGGCGGCGUUGACAGCCACGACCUGGACAAAGUUCUCUCGGACUUACGGUUGGAGAAAUUGACAAGCAUGCCGGUCAGCAACCUCAGCAAUGGGCAAACAAGACGAGCCAGGAUUGCCAAGGCAUUGCUCGGGAGACCCCUACUUCUCUUGCUCGAUGAACCCUUCAUGGGCCUUGAUCCUCCUACGCUGGUUACUUUGUCGCCCAUGUUGAAGAAGCUGGCAUAUCAGUCGAGUCCGCUUCUGAUGCUCGGACUCCGCCCUCAAGACCCAAUACCAGAUUGGAUAACCCACCUAGUUGUGCUUGGGCAUAACCACAGCGUGGCGUUGAUGGGUGAAAAGUCAAAAGUGUUAUCCGAUGUACGUAGGUGGGUGAAUUUGGUUUCUGCAUCCAAGCUCUCGACUGCGGACCAGAAGGUUGUCGACCAAAUCACCAGUGAAUAUGGCUUGCCACUGGCUGGCGUCACAGGAGAUGUCCUAAGCGAGACAGGCAUAUCAAGACAUCCAGAAAUGCUCGAGGAUUCAAGUCCUACGCUGCAAGGUCAAGAAGGGGAUGACCGUCCUCUCAAGAACGGAACAGAGCCAGAGAAGCGUGGCCGGCAAGCACUCAGCAAGCUACUUAGACGUGCCGUCACUGCUAUUCCCACGCUACCCUCCAAGCCUACCCUGGAGCCACGGGGAUCCUCCCAAGAGCAAGAAGAGACUUCUCUAUCCUUGCCUGGCGACAGAGACAGACAACUCGGUGACCCUCUUAUCGAACUCACGUCCAUCAUCGUCCAAUACGGGUCUAAAACUGUCCUUGGCCAUCCUCCCCCACAGCCUGGCCACAGCACUCCGGGACUGAACAUGACAGUCUAUCAGGGAACCCGUCUUGCGCUCCUCGGGCCCAACGGUUCCGGCAAAACCACACUCCUCUCACUCUUGACUUCCGACCACCCGCAGUCCUACUCCCUGCCGAUCAAGUUCUUCGGUCGCUCAAGACUGCCCGACCCGGAGCGGGGAGUCCCGGGGCUCAGCCUGUGGGAAAUCCAGAGUCGAAUCGGGCACUCGUCCCCCGAAAUCCAUCAGUUCUUCCCCAAGCACCUGACGGUCAGGAGAGUGCUCGAGAGUGCAUGGGCGGAGACGUACGCCGGGAAGCCGAAUCUCAACGCGGACCGAAACGAGUUGGUGGAUUUGUUUCUCGCCUGGUGGGAGCCAGAGCUUCGACAAGACACGGCCGACGCCCCGGGGGCUGAUUCCGGAUCCGAUCUGAGCUGGGCGACCGACAAAGAAGGCCACAGGUUCGGCGCGCUCCCGUUCUCCGCACAGCGACUCCUCCUCUUCCUCCGCGCACUCAUCAAGCAGCCGGAUAUUGUCAUCCUGGACGAAGCCUUCUCGGGCCUGUCCGCAGACGCGCGGGACAAGGCCAUGUCGUGGCUGGAAUUCGGCGAGCAGAGGGCACCACCGGGCAGAACCACGGCACGAGAGGCAUCAAGCCCAGGCUCGCGACGCGCGUCCACUGCUGCGUCCGAGACCCGCGUCUCCGACGCACGAGGCGAGAACGUCCGGUUCCCGGGCCUCACGCCCUCCCAAGCCCUCGUCGUGGUGAGCCACGUGAAGGAGGAAAUCCCCGACUGCGUGGACGAGUGGCUCCGCCUGCCGGGCGAGGACGAGGUCGUCGAGAGCAGCAGGGGCGUCGAAGGCGGGCGCACGCGCGAGAGAGGCUGGGUCAAAUCCCAGGAAGGCUGGAUGAGGGUUUGGGGACUGUAAAAGAAAAAGCGGCCGAGGGGGAGAGCGUGUAUGAUACGUACUCGGCACAAAUGAGACACCACCUGCAGUCAAGAAGCAGAAGGGGAUGAUCAAACAUACGCAUUGUGCUCGGGCCGAGUGGUUGGAUGACGUGACGCAUCUUUGGCAGGACAAUUCUCGGUGUCAUGAACCCGGACGAUAGACAAAAGAAGGGAAACUUCAAGUCACAUAGAUAGAUGUAUUUGUGUGUAUAUGUGAGUGAGAGGGAGAGAGAGAUACCUCAUUUCUCGACCUGGAACUCGCAACCCGCUUCAACUAAUACAGCAAUCUCCUCG